AAAUCGUUUUUAUUUCUAGGUCUAGGUUUAGGCUAAUCUAUAUCUGGGAAACUGGCCCAUAGUGUUCUUAGUUAGAUUGGACAGUAGAUGGCAGUAAUCCCAUCUCUAUGACCACACUGCGUAAUGUACUCGAUCUAUUCUAUACGUUACAGUACAAUUUAUUUCAGCUACUCACGUAGCCUACAUCUGGGCGGAGGGAGCUAGAACAUUCGCAUUAUUGAAUUGUGAUGUUCGGAUUUAUGCAUCAUUCGUUGUAAAAAAAAAAAAACGACCAGCUGAUCGAACAACUUGCACAAAUAUGAUAUCGCGGAUACUCCAUAGAGGUGAUUUUCUAAACCUGGGGACGAACUUGAUGCUGUGUUUUCUCUGUGGGAUGACAUCGGGAGAUCCUACAACAGGAAGUGCAUUUGGCUUGAUGACAAAAUAUUCUUUGAUUGAUGGACAUAAUGACCUAGCUUUGAUGCUGAGGAUUCUCCACGGCAACAGACUGAGUCAGGUUGACCUGCACAACAUCAGCAAAGUGGCCACGGACAUCAACAGACUCACAACGGGACACGUCGGCGCUCAGGUGUUUGCAGCCUACGUGUUGUGUGGCGCCCAGGCGAAGGAUGCUGUGAGGCUCACACUGGAACAGAUAGACGUGAUCAACCGUAUGUGUACGGAGAACCCAGAACUGGAGCUAGUUACAUCUGCCAAAGAACUAAAUGACACUAACAGGAUAGCAUGUCUGAUCAGCAUUGAGGGAGGACAUUCAAUAGACAGCAGCCUGCCAACCCUGCGUAUGUUUUACCAGCUGGGGGUUCGCUCCAUGGCCCUCACACACACCUGCAAUACACCUUGGGCUGAGUCCUCCUCAACAAUUUAUGAUGUCUAUCAAAGAGAAAAUGACAGCCUAACAGACUUCGGUAAGGAUGUGGUGAAGGAGAUGAACAGAUUGGGGAUGAUAGUAGACCUGUCCCAUAGUUCCUGGGCCACAGCCAGGGCAGUACUGCAGAUCUCUAAGGCUCCAGUUAUUUUCAGCCACUCCUCAGCCCAUGCCGUGUGUAACCACAGCCGCAAUGUUCCCGAUGACCUGCUCCGCGAACUGAAGGAGAACGGAGGACUCAUCAUGGUUAAUCUGCACAGUGGGUUUGUGGCUUGCCAUGGCCAAGCCAAUAUCUCCAUUGUGGCUGACCAUUUUACCCACAUUAGGAAGGUGGUUGGAUCUGAGUCAAUAGGAAUAGGAGGGGACUUUGAUGGAGCUUCUAAGUUUCCUCUUGGAUUAGAGGAUGUGUCCAAGUAUCCCGCUCUGAUCCAGGAGCUGCUGAAGAGACACUGGACAGAGAACGAGUUGUCCGGGGUCCUCAGACACAACUUCCUACGUGUGUUCAAGGAGGUCGAGAAAGAGCGUGACAGGCAGAAAGCGAAAGGAACUCUCCCCAGUGAAGCUCAGAUCGACUUGACUGGGGUUCAGAACCCCUGCAGACUGGUACUCAGGCGACCUUACCACCAGACGACAAAGAUGGAACAGAUGUACUCCAAGGGCCACAGUGAACUGGUGGUCCCCAGGAGUCUGGUCUGGACCAUGGUUAUACUAAUCUCCUGCCUCUGUGUCCUGAUGGACCAUUAAGACUAUAAUAUGGCCUGGAUUCAAUCAGAUCCAGCGGUAACCCAGGUUGACCGAUAUCCUGAUAGCGGAUGUUUUGGCAGUAUUGGAGGUGUAGCUGCAGUGUGAACUGACAAAUAAGUGUGUGGCUGCUCUUUUGUGUCACCAACCACUCCCUUCCUUAUUAUCCCUACACAUUAGAUGUUCAAAACGACAAUAGAAAGUGCAGGCUCUAUCGACAAUAGAUAUUAUGAAAUGCAUGUUUUCAUUUUAAUUUGGAUGGCGGGAUUUAUUAGUCUAUGUAGACAAUAGACCAUUACGCAUUAGAGUGUUUGAACUUGUAAUGUGGCUACAUGAACUAACGUGGCUGCAUGGGAUUUGUUGGAUAUAAAGUCGGUGUGGUUUCAUUGCAUCCAAUGACAGUGUCCACGAUAAUGUAACAUAAGGAGCAGCUCUAACGCAGUUCCACUUUCAACACUGCCAAAACAACCGGAUGUCGACUAGCACGGAUCUGAAUUUAGCCCUUAGUGUUACUAAACUAGCAGUGCUUGACUUGCGCAGGAGCCCACUGGAGCUGAGUACCGGCACCUCAAGUUCACUACUGCUUGAGCUUGUUUUACUCUUAUAGAAUAUUUGCUCAAAAGUAUAGUGGAGCUCCUGCACCUAAAUAUAAACAGUACUUGCACCCAAAAUGAGUACCGGAACCUAUUUAGUAGUACUACUAGUGUUGUAUUACAAUACACUAUCCACUACAAACAUGUUUCUCCGACAGUAAAAAGCCUAGCUUGAACGUGUUUACUGUGUCACUUGCUUACAUGUGAUCUUCCCUACAAAUAACUUUACCUAAUUUUUUUGUUGUUGGUCAUUUUGACCUUGAAUGAGUUGUAUUAUUUACACAAUGCUCUGCACACACUUGAUACUAUAUUACAUUGAGUUUGAUGUAACAACUCUUUUUACAUAUCUCAUUCUAAAAAUAUAUUUCUGUUAUGUUUGUUUAAUGAUACAAUCAAGGCCACAAGGUCAUACUGAGGAAUUUACAAACUAUCUUUAUUUCUCUGAGGACACGGACCUUGAUGUCCAUCAGACAAACUUGAGUUUCACAAUGAAACUGUUUCAUAGAAAGACGAGUUCAUCUUAAAAUGAACAUUAAUGUAACAUUUCCUCACAAGGGUGUACAGUGAAACAGUAUGUAACAUGUUAAUAUACUGUAAUGCCUCCUACAGUCAUCUCAGGAAUGUUGUAUUCUGUAUUCAUAGGUUAUAUCGUAUUUAUUUAGCCUUUCUCUUAAGUAAAUAAUGCUUUGAGUUUUCUGUUUUUCUACCAUCUUAUUUUAUGAACACAUUGAUAUAUCUGAAGUCAAGAUAGUUCAAUUCUGGUUGAAUAGGGAAAUGAAUCAUGAUUUUAUUGGUAAAUUCAGAUAAAUACUCUUCGUCUUUACAGCUCUUGCAGUCUACAGGAAAGAAAAGGAAAUGUGUGCAUAUGCUACUCUGUUCAGGUGGCCCUGUAAGUCGUCUUCAUGCCUAUAAUAAUCUAUUUUGUACAGAAAUAGCAGAUUAAAUGUAAUGUAUAAUUGUCAA